GAGACCAGACCAGACUGGUCUCAUGCUACGGUGUCUUUGCCAAACGAGUCUUCGUCGUCGUCGUCGUCGUCGUCGUAACAUCAGUUUCGCAGACCAGUCGAGGUGGUGCUGUUCAGAAACUAGUCUGAUUCCAGCCUCGCGCUACCAGCCCGUUGCCAUGCCUCCCUUUCUUUCGAUUCUACUGCAGUGGUCCCGAAUUUCACCACCCGUUUCGAUAAGCUCUUCCGUGUGUGUGUGUCAUUCCAUCUGCACCGCCGCUUCCAGGGGAAUACUGUCUGGUCGGGCCUGCAAACCUUGCCUGGGGUAGGCAAGCUUUGUUUCCACGCUAACAGUCCGUGUAAGUGGUGCCAAUUGCUGUGAUGGUUGAGGGUUUUCUUGUUAGUCAGGAUUCUACCUUGAAGAUUUUGGGUUGAUCGCCCACAAGUUCCUGAUGCUUCAGGACGGCGGCGGUGGAGUGCAAAUAAACAGUGGGUUGGGAAAUCCGCUUGUUCGGGAGGGUAGCUGCGUUUUGAAGGGAGCACACUGCAAGGCAUGUGCCACGCGCGUGUCUGCGAACUGUGACCGGGACUUGUUGUUGGGCUUUGCUGUCACUUGGACCGUGCUACACAAUUGGAGACUUUGGCGAGGCACACGUGUGUCGGACGAAGUUACUCCACUUCAGGUUCUCACGAUCAUGGCGGUACCGUUAUGUGUGCUUGAACUCGUCGACUCUGAAGUUGUAACACAGGUAGCCAAGCCCUCGAGCGCUUGCUUGCCACCCCGUAACAGUGGCUGGUAUUAAAACCUGCAGCACCGUGUUGGUAGGAUCAGAAAACUGGGGUAACUGGUAGCGAGCUUGUCCUUGUGUAGAUUCCAAGUCCAUAGCCAGGUGCCGAAACAACGUUACAGCAUCCGCCCAUGGGUCCAUUGUCUUUGGCUAGACGUGGACACCUGGGCAAGAUGAGUUGCAGAGGGCCCAAGGUUGUGGUGUUUCGUCCCUCUUCGAUCAAACCCCUUGAGCUUCACUUUCAAGAGAACACGAUGUUCGACGCAAGUUUACAGGAGUGCAGGGUUGAGUAUUGUCAAUGACUGUCCACGUUACUGGGGAUCGACGCUUAUUCCUGGCAAUCAACUAAGUAGGAGCAAAUUAGGAGGUUGAGCCGUCGGCCAACGUCUCCGCCGUUGUAAUUCUGAAAGAGGAUGGUCGUGCAUAGUUGAUUCCCAGAGAUGAUGGUGGAGUAGCAAUGAUCCUAUUGUCAGUAGUCGUCAUCAUACGUCGGACAGUACCGUUGUAAUCCAGGCAAUGAAGCUGGACACUGAGGUCAAUGGCCGCGGCAGUUGGAUGGUCACAGGAUAUUGCAGUGCAUGAUUGAACAUCAUCAGGUUUUGAGCCUGGUGUUGAGACGACAACGAGUAGCAUAAAUAGAGCUGCCAAAGUGGACGUCCAGUAGCUCAUGCGGCGUUAGUAGAGUGCUCCGCGGCUUUCAACGCUAAAGCUUGGGGCUCUGACAUCUAUCUUAGCACAAAGCUGGUAGAAGUGUUGACGGGAAAUUCCGGGAGGAACUUCACUCUCAACUCGCGCAUUCCUGGUGGAGUCAUCGGAAAUAGCUCGAUGGAAGAGUUUUUAGGGUGGCCCAAGGGACUUCACUCCACGUUGAGCAUUUGAUGCACGUGAAGUAUCUAUUAAGAAUGAAAGCUGGCUUUGCUGAUUCACAACGCAUAACAGACCAUGAAGCAUAACACAGCUUGUUUCCUAGGAAAGUUAAUUCCAACUAUGGCUAUCUGGUUUCACAAACAGUGAGUGCUCUCACGCAAUGCCAACCAGUUUGCUGAAGCAUCUGUGACUACGACGACGACGACGAUGACGAGGAGAGUCUAGCACCUACAUUUUUCCUCUCUGAAGCUCUUGAGUUUGAAGGAUAUCAAUCCGUGAAUACCACAUCCAAGGUCUCCCUCACAAGGUGCCGGUCAGAGUCUGUGUAUGCACUGGUUGCAGAUGGAAUUGGACUGUGAUUCUGGCAAUUCACUAACUCCAAUUAUGGUUGGCUUACGUUUUCGCUACUAGCCCCUUAAUUCGCUUUUGGUGGAGUAAAACAGCAGUCUGACCCCGUCAGCGACCCAGUCUAUCAGUACCAGCAGCCUCAUUCUGACAAGUAUGUCGCAGAACCAUGGCAGCAACUUAGGAGGAUACCAAAACUCGGAGAACAAUUGUUACAAUUCUAUUCGUUCCAGCGGCGAAGGCAGCAACACGAUUUCUGGUCAGGGACUAGAGAGAAUGCAGUCAAAUGGAUCCCUUUGCAUCGUGGAAGCCCUCAGUAGGUCUCACGCUGCAGACCGUUGGCAGCAGCAGCGCGCAAUGCAGUCGGAUGGCGGAGUUCACCAGCACACCUUUCUCAUGACUAAUCAACUGUCGCAACUAGCGGGCAAUGGUGGCACACGCGAGCAGCAGAUGACGGGUUCUCACUGCCACUAUGACAUGCAGGGUACUGCUGCGGAGAACUGCGAAGACCCGAAGCUGGAGGACUUUUUGGGCGGGGCAUCCUUGGGUGGACAAUAUGCCGACCGGGAAGCGCAACAACAGCAGUUGGACUCCUUAUACUACAGCGCCGGAACUACUGCCACGAGUUACGUCCAAGACAACCAGUCGCGUAUCAACGUGAACUUGCCAUACUCACUGCAGCAAGGCGCAGGUUCCCUUCACGACGUCCCAUCGUCGUUUCGAAUCGCAUACGGUGGAGUUCCGGAUCAGUCUAGGCUUUCGAGUCCGCACAAUUACGAACAUCCACACACUCGUUCGCAGCCGGAGCUUCAGGGGAACAAUUUGCUGUCCGGAACCCGGUUGCACCCGCAGAAUCUUAUGAAAGCGACGCUGAAUCGAUCCACGACGGCGGAGCUGCUGUCUCAUAGUGCAUUAGAGUUACCAUCAGGUGGAUCGCUGAAUCAAAACAGCGAGGAUCCUGGAUUGAACAUGUGGCUGAGACAUCAAGCAACAGCUGAAAAGACAGCACUGACCAACUUGGCUUGUCUGCCACCACUUACUCUAUCCAUGAGCGCUGGCUCCCACCAGAGCAGCGUCUAUUCACCUGCGCAAACCGCCGGACUAUUAACAACUGCGGAUUACCCCACCGGGCUCGAGCCUCGCAAGCGAGGCGCCGGGCGGUCUGACAACAAAGAUCCGUCCCCCCGCAAGUCCAUCGAUACCUUCGGCCAGAGAACAUCUGUGUACAGAGGCGUCACUAGGCAUCGUUGGACUGGACGGUACGAGGCACAUCUGUGGGACAAUACUUGUAGAAAGGAAGGUCAAACUCGCAAAGGUCGACAAGUAUACUUAGGAGGAUAUGAUAAAGAAGACAAGGCAGCCAGAGCCUAUGACUUGGCAGCGCUCAAAUAUUGGGGUGUCAGCACCACCAUCAACUUCACGCUUGAUACAUACGAACAAGAGCUGGAGGAGAUGAAGAACAUGUCUCGGCAGGAGUAUGUUGCCUCGUUGAGAAGGAAAAGCAGUGGCUUUUCGAGAGGAGCAUCCAUGUAUCGAGGGGUGACGAGACACCAUCAGCAUGGGAGAUGGCAAGCACGCAUUGGGCGAGUUGCGGGAAACAAGGACCUGUACCUGGGCACUUACAGCACUCAAGAGGAAGCAGCGGAGGCCUACGACAUAGCUGCCAUAAAAUAUCGUGGAAUUAAUGCCGUCACAAACUUUCAUAUCUCUCGUUACCUAGCUAACAAGAUUCAGGAAGCUGCCGUGAAUGAUCACCCCGGGCUAGAGUCUAUAGAAGCAGCGAAGGAAGGCGAAUUGUCGGCAUCUGUGAUCUCGACGCCUUUGCAGUACUCAGGUCAGGCGCAGACUGCUCUAAUGAUCGAGCUCAGCCAGAUUGACGACGACCAUCAGACAACCACACAUUCCACCGGCACCACUGAGUUGCUAACCACUGAGGUGCUGUCCGGUCAAGGUGGGAUUUCCAAGAACCUCCACGACUUGCAGAUGUUGUAUCAGCAACAGGCUAGAAACAGCUGGGGAUCUAGUUCGCAGGGGGAUAGCCAGCGAGGCUGGUUGGGAUUUGGGGUGGAUUCGAUGCGAGCCCCUAAUACACAGUCGAAGUUCCCAGCCCCCACGAGCGGGACGUCGCUGCGGAACCUUAUGGGGUUAGAAGCAUUUCCGCAGGAUCGUAAUGCAGGAGCCGGUGAGAGCUCGUGUUCGGCAAACCAGGCGCUGAUGGGCCACGGAAUGCAAAGCUCCAGUAGCAUGAUCAGCUCGUCGGGUUUCCAGGGCGGGGGCUCGGGCGUGUACCAGAGCGGCGAUGGCAGGACUUUGAACUCGCCACCAAUGAGCAACUCGGUCUACCCACAGCAGCAGCAGGGUAGCCUCGAUAGGGGGGCAGUGGUGGACAGCCCGAAGAAUUCGGUGGAUGAGAGCGAGGAAGCGAGCUCGAAAAGCUCGGGGUACGAUCCCGUUUUGCAGGGAGACCUGUCGCGCAGCGGAGUUUUGUACUUGUCGCCAGGGUCGGGAUCGAAAGGGAAGAUGGCGAGCUAUGUGGAGAGCAACUCAAUGUCGCCGUGGAUCGGCAGCAAUUCCACAACAGUGCAGGGGCUGACGGAGCGGUCCAACUUGAGCAUGGGUGGGCACAUGGGAUCCGGCCCCAUUUUUACGCAGUCAUGGAACGAAUGACAGAGGGCAAGAGUGACAGUGUAGAGCGGUGGCAGACGAGCAGAUGGGUAAUGGUGCUAAGGCCAAAUGUUGGGCUGCAGCCAUUCCAAGUCCCAGACGGAUGGAGGACACCGGCUUGCAGCGCGUGGAGUGCGAUUCAGUCCCUUCGGCUCUUACCCCGUCUGCAACCAAUAGCAGGGUGGUGGGUUUUAGAAUUAGCUCAAAAGUCCCACAUAUGGCAAGUGUUGAUACAAAAUUAUGUGGUACGACGGCCCCCGACCUUAACAUUGGCGGCAUGUACAAUUGAUCGAUGACAAUGAUGAUUUUCUGCCCUUGCGUGAGCGGAAACAAUUCAUUUCAUGGGCCCAGUUAGUAGGAGGGGAUUCAUUCCCAGUACGAUAAGGACGACAAUGUUUUUGGUCAGACUUCUUUCCACACCCCCAAUCUCGUUCCGCCUGAUGCUCCUCAGCCCACAGAUUUCGAUGGUCCGUGUCCCAGUCUGUUCCCGGCAACUGGUGUCUCCAGUUGCAUGGAUUUGCUGCCGAGACGGCUAUGCUGAAGUUAAUUCUCCCAGCACUUCAGGACUUGGCAAAUGAUCUGAUGGAUGGGAGCUGAUGGUGGCAACAGACUGGGUCCAGGUGAUGCUGUAGCUGGCAUCCAAGCAAGAGUUGGACAGGCAAUGAUUAAUCAAACUUAACCAACUCUAAGACUAUCACAAUGAUCCGAGCGGGAUCGGACUGUGACUUGCUGUGUGGUGGAGUUAGUUAUCACACCGCGAGGUUACACGAGCUUUUAUAACAGCGAUGGGGACACGAUUGUGUUGCACAAGGGUGCACUAGUUUGCCCUUAAGCAAGUGAAGGCGUUCCAAGGCAUGGAACCAACACAGGGUUGUCAGUUACUGUAAAUAGAUGCUUUGUAGUAUUGUUUUCAGAAGCUUGGCGGGGAUGUAUCUAAUUGCGUCCUGGAAGAGGGCCUGUAUGUGCUUAAAUUGCUCAGACUUAUCUUCGGAGCUGAAUCUGCGUAACUUCAUUUCAUUUCGCAUCUAACUUCAUUUUGCUACGGAGUAGAUUCUAACUGUUAGUUACCGACCGAAUGUUUAGUUAUACGUGCACAUACAUUAGAGCUCGAACUCAGUUAUUGUACAUAAGGACUUUGCUAAUGUUAAGAGUGCGGGCUGAAACUGUUUUGGUUCAUUCAUGAGUGGAACUGAUUCAGUUAUUUAACCUCA